CACUCCGACACACACCACACUGACACACACUCCGACACACACACACACACACACUCCGACACACACCACACUGACACACACUCCGACACACACACUCCGACACACACGGACACUCACCCCGGACAGCUUCAGAGGGAUAUGAGAGGUAACAGUGUGAGGGAUUCAGCACUGACUCUCUCUCUUCAUCUUCUACUGCUGCUGUUAGAUGGAGUUUCCUCUUACACCGAGUUUGAGAUCUCGGUACCCACUGGUGUACAGAUGGGUGUGUACGGGGAGGCGGUGCUUCUGUCCUGCACGUUCCCGGUGAGCGGUCAGUGGGACCCAGACAGCAGCGUGAUCACGUGGCAGCGCCAGCUAGAGGUGGUCCACAGUUUCUUCCACGGCCGAGACCUGCCGCAGUACCAGAGCCGGAGAUACGCCAACCGCACCAGCCUGUUCCACCAGGAGAUGAAGAAGGGGAACGCGUCACUCAGGCUGGACCGUACCACUCUGGAGGACGCGGGGGAGUACACCUGCUCCGUCAGCACUCGGCUGGGCAGCCAGAGGAAGAGCUUCCCCCUUAAAGUAGCAGCGUUCUACCCCGAGCCUCGUCUGCACAUCUCCGUGCUGAGCGACGGCCACGUGGAGGUGCUGGUCACCUCAGAGGGCGGGUUCCCUUCCCCCUCCCUGCAGUGGCUGAUGGGAAACGCGAGCGACGUCACCGACCAAACACACACGCAGCUGAGGCAGGACCAACACACACAUCUGUACAGCGUGAACAGUAAACUGAACCUCAGUGGAACCGUCAACUCCUCCAUCACCUUCAUCAUGAAGAACCCAGAUCUGGAGCAGGAGAUCAGGAGGAACAUCGACCUCUUCUCAGAAAAUGGAGGAUUUGACCAGAGCCGACAGCGAGCAGGACUCAUCGUGCUUUCUGUUGUCGGGGUCACGGCACUAGCUGUGAUCACUUCACUCAUGAUCUUUCUGCACUGGAGGAUGAAAAAGGAAAAGUCCAGAAAGAUUUCAGAGACUGACAUCGAGUCUUCAGCAGCUUCCAGGAAUCAGACAGCAGCAGAAAAUCCUGCAGAAGCAGCAAAAGCAGAUGAAGCUGAAAGUAGUACAGAAACUCUGUUAAAGGACGGUUUCAGGGGAGGAGGUUAGAUUAGAAGAAGAGAAGUAGAAUUUUAUAUUAGGAUUCAUUUAUUUAGAUGGACACUAGUCACUGACCUUCAUGUUCUACCUGUGUGGAGUCAAGGCUUCGAAACCACGUCUCCUUCCUGAUCACCAGCUCCUGUGAAGACGAAUCUGGACAUAAGAGGAGAACUAUUUCAGAAGAACAGAAACUGGAGGUUUCACUGUACUCCUGACACCCAGAUGUUUAGACAGAUGUUCAGGGUGUUGUGUAAUUACAGUUCAGUUCUAUCAGUUAGUGUUAAAUUCAGUCAUAAACAAUGGCAGCUUCGGUCAACAUCACGGUGACAUCAUCAUAAUAUUUAUAUUUAAAUAAAACAUUGGAAGGUU